AAAAACUGAGGAUUUUCUACAAGUGGGCUGUCUGAGAAAUGGAUACGGAGACCCGUAACAAAAUCGAGGAGACGGUUUUGGAAAUUCUCAAGAAUUCCAACAUGGAUGAAACCACUGAGUACAAGAUCCGGAAGUCCGCAUCCGAGAAGCUGGAAAUGGACCUUUCUGAGCCGACCCGGAAGAAGUUCGUUAGGCAGGUGGUGGAGUCCUACCUUAGGGAACAACAGGCCAAGGCGGAGGAGGAGCAGCAGCCGGAGGAAGAAGAAGAAGAGGAGGAUAACGGUAGAAAGACAGGCGGCAGAGAGUAUGAUGAUGAGGGUGGCCUUAUUAUUUGCCGCUUAUCAGAUAAGAGAAGGGUGACGCUAUCUGAAUUUAGAGGGAAGACUUUGGUGUCGAUUAGGGAGUAUUACAAGAGAGAUGGCAAAGAGCUUCCAUCUGCUAAAGGAAUAAGUUUGACAGCCGAGCAAUGGACAUCCUUCAAGAAGAACGUACCUGCAAUAGAGAAGGCCAUCAAGAAAAUGGAAUCUCGGUGAGCUGAAGGUAGCCUGCUAAGUAGAAGGAGACGCAUUUUCCGAAUCAAAUCCUCCAAACAAUUAACCCUGUUUUGGCCUAUCUUAUCGGAUACUGCUUUUGCUUUUGGAACCGGUAGUUUUGAACAGUGAUAUAGUAUAUAUUAGUGUAUGUCAUUUUGCUGUGAUGGUUAGCUUCAUGUACCAUUACCUUCUUUAUCAGCCUCUUUGUUUUCCUCUGGACCACCUCAUCAAACACGUCCAACUACUUCUUCAGUUCCUUGCAUUGUCUAUAUAUUGGCUAAUUCUCAGA